AUGCAUCUCGCCCCGAAGGAGCUCGAUAAGCUCCUCGUCUCGCAGCUUGGCCAGCUCGCGCAACGUCGCCUCGCCAGGGGCGUAAAGCUUAACCACUCUGAAGCAACGGCUCUCAUUGCCAACAAUAUUCAGGAGCUCAUCCGCGAUGGGCACCAUACCGUCUCCGAUCUCAUGAGUCUCGGCUCAACGAUGCUGGGUCGUCGUCAUGUACUCCCUUCAGUGCCCAGCACUUGCCAUAAAAUUCAGGUCGAAGGAACGUUUCCCUCCGGAACCUACCUUGUGACGAUCGACAACCCAAUUAGGACGGACGAUGGUAACCUCGACCGCGCACUAUACGGAAGCUUCCUCCCCAUCCCGAGCGAUGAUCUUUUCCCGAUGCCAGAGGCGAGCGCUUACGCGGCUGAAAAUGCGCCUGGUGCGGUUGUCGCUGUAAAAGGAGUGAUUACAUUCUCCGAAGGUAGGAAGCGCCUCAGACUCAAGGUAACGAACCAAGGGGACAGGCCAAUCCAGGUAGGAUCUCACUAUCAUUUUAUCGAGACGAACCCUCACCUCGUCUUUGAUCGCGAGAAGGCCUACGGGUACCGUCUCGAUAUCGCUGCUGGCACGUCGGUGCGUUUUGAGCCCGGCGACACCAAGACGGUGACCCUUGUUGAGAUUGCUGGGAACAAAGUCAUCAGGGGCGGUAAUAACCUCGCCAGUGGAACCGUGGAGCACUGGAGGAUCGAAAAUAUUGUGCAGCAUUUGCAGUCAAGGGGUUUCGGGCACUUGCAUGAGCAUUUGACAGCCGACAUGAGUCUUAUCCAGCCGUCGACUAUGUCUAGAGACAUAUACGCUGCUACUUUUGGCCCGACGACGGGAGAUCGCGUGAGACUAGGUCUUACGGACCUGUGGGUCAAGGUUGAGAAGGAUCUUACGGUCUACGGAGAUGAGUGUAAGUUCGGCGGUGGAAAAACACUGCGAGAGGGCAUGGGCCAGGCUACGGGGAGGCGAGACUCCGUGUCGCUUGAUUUGGUGAUUAGCAAUGCUCUGAUUGUCGACUGGACCGGUAUAUACAAGGCCGACAUUGGCGUGAAGAACGGUAUGAUCGUUGGCAUUGGGAAGGCCGGCAAUCCGGAUGUCAUGGAGGGAGUAACCCCUGGUAUGGUCGUCGGCAGUUGCACGGAUGCGAUUGCUGGGGAGGGCAAGAUUAUUACGGCCGGUGCAAUCGAUACGCACAUUCAUUAUAUCUGUCCCCAACAGGUUUCGGAGGCUCUCGCUUCUGGUGUCACUACGAUGCUUGGCGGAGGAACGGGUCCAAGUGCUGGUUCUAAUGCGACCACUUGCACGCCUGGUAAGAACUACAUCAAACAAAUUCUCCAAGCCUGCGAUACCCUGCCUGUAAAUAUUGGCAUCACGGGUAAAGGUUGCGACAGCGGUCCCGCAGGUCUCCGAGAUCAGAUCAAUGCGGGCGCCUGCGGCUUGAAAAUCCAUGAAGACUGGGGCGCCACACCCGCCGCUAUUGACAACUGCCUCAGCGUUUCCGACGACCUAGACGUCCAAGUGCUCAUCCACACAGAUACCCUCAACGAGUCCGGCUUCGUCGAGUCCACGAUCGAAGCCAUCAACGGACGCACCAUCCACACUUACCACACAGAAGGCGCCGGCGGCGGUCACGCACCCGAUAUCAUCUCCGUGGUCGAGCAUCCCAAUGUUCUCCCCUCAUCGACCAAUCCCACGCGUCCAUUCACGAUCAACACGCUCGAUGAGCACCUUGACAUGUUGAUGGUGUGCCAUCACCUUUCCAAGGAUAUCCCCGAGGACGUUGCUUUCGCCGAGUCUCGUAUCAGAGGCGAGACGAUUGCGGCCGAGGAUGUUCUUCAUGACCUUGGUGCCAUUAGCAUGAUGUCCAGUGACUCGCAGGCUAUGGGUCGCUGCGGGGAGGUUAUUCUGCGAACGUGGACGACCGCGCACAAGAACAAGAUUCAGAGGGGUGUGCUUCCCGAGGACGAAGGAACCGAAGCAGAUAAUUUCAGGGUCAAGAGAUACAUAUCCAAGUACACCAUCAACCCAGCACUCGCGCAAGGUUUUAGUCACCUUAUUGGGAGUGUUGAGGUGGGCAAGUUGGCGGAUCUUGCCUUGUGGGACCCGGCUUGGUUUGGGACGAAGCCUGAAGUUGUGAUCAAGGGUGGCCUCAUUUCUUGGGGCCAGAUGGGCGACGCAAAUGCCUCGCUACCAACGGUGCAGCCGAUCAUCGGUCGCCCUAUGUUCGGAGCUCGAGUUCCCGAGUCAAGCGUGCUCUUCGUCAGUAACUCUUCCAUUGAAAACGGCUCCAUCGCGUCGUACGGCCUGAAGUCGCGCAUUUCGGCGGUGAGGAAUUGCCGGAAUGUAAGCAAGCGGGAUAUGAAGUAUAACGAUGUGAUGCCGAAGAUGAAGGUCGACCCGGAGAGUUAUACGGUGGAGGCGGAUGGGAAUAUCUGUUCCGCGGCUCCUUCUGAGACGCUGCCUUUGACUCAGGCAUAUUAUAUGUACUGA